AUGUUUUCGUCCUCAAAUUUCCGGCCCGCGGGCCAAUCGGUCUUUGCCGGCGGCAACACGGGCGGGUUUGGUCAGCCGCUUGCCAACCAAAACCAGCAACAGCAACAGCAAACUUCACAGCAGCAACAGCAACAGCAAACUUCACAGCAACAACAGCAGCAGCUACAGCCCGGCGCCCAGGGUCUCGGUCAGCUCCAAGCAAACCCCAACCAGCAGCAGCUUGGCAAUUCACUGUGGCAACCCGGGAGUCUUGCAAACUACCAGAAGCCGAUCCCCGAGCAGAUCAAGAUGAUCACGGACAAGUGGGACCCGUCGAACCCAAACUGCGUCUUCAAGACGUACCUCUACAACAAAGUCGACGAGCACGCGGUGCCGCUGUACGGGCCCCAGCCCAACGACGACCCGAAGGAGUGGGAGGAGGCGCUGCAGCAGAAGCCGGCGCCCAACUACAUCCCCGUGCUCUGCGCCGGCUUCCCGUCCAUUGUGGCGCGCCUGGUCCUCCAGCGCCGCGUCAUCACCGAGUACAACAACAAGCUGCACGCGAUUAACGCCAGCCUGGACGAGAUCCUGUCGCGCCACGACCUGGAGCACUCGGUGCGCGCGCUCAAGGCGCGCCGGCGGCACGCCGAGAUCAGCAAGCGCUGCCUGACGCUGGCCUCCAAGGUGCAAGUGAUGCGCAACCGGGGCUACGCCAUGAGCAGCGACGAGGACGAGCUCAAGCAGAAGCUGCAGAAGAUCGACAAGAGCAUACAGGACCCGGCGCUCAGCGCGCGCAUGGAGGAGCUGUGGAGCCGUCUUAUCAUCCUGAGGGGCUACGCCGAUAAUCUGAAGGAUGAGCUCAACAAGCCGGGCUUGGGCGAGAGUGAUGGCUUGAGUGAGGAGAUCGAGGCAAGGGCUAAAAAGAUCUUGGAGGACUACGAGAAGCAGCUUCAGCACCUCAAGAAACAGGUUGAGGAGGCCAAGAAGGACUUCCAGUACUGGGAGAAGGAGCAUAACCCGACCCCCGCGCCAUCACGGGCCUCAUCCGGCAAGUGA